UGAAUACGAACCUCUCCACCUUGGAAUCGACUCUUUGUACAUCAAGUGGUGAACAGCAUCUCGAGAGAUUGCCCGCAACCUUGUAUUCAGAGAGGUCUUGUAGGCACUGACUGGCACUUUCGGACUCUUGCAAGAUGAUUCAUAUGCUUGCUCUGGUUGUUGCUUGCCUAUCGCUCGCAUGGGUGUCGGUGUUCGUGAGGUUCUGGGUCAAGAUAUUCGUGACCAGUUGUGUCCGAUGGGAUGACUGGAUCUUGCUACUAGCAGUGAUCCUGUUCAGUGGGCAGUGCGGCUGUGUCCUGGUCAUGACCACCAUAGAUCCUCAACAACCUCACACGACGGCGAAUAUUGUAUCCUACAUGUUUCUCGCCUCCUACGACCUCUCGAUCAUGACUGCUAUCUGUAUCAAGACCUCUCUGGCAAUAUCGUUCAACAGAUUCUUCUCGCGCAGAUGGCAGCGCCUCCUAAUCAUCGCCAUCACGAUCGCCUUCAAUACUUACGCGAUCACCGAACUGCUCCUCGGUCUCUUCUUCUGCGGCAUGCCAGGCAAAAUGGCUCGUAAAGACAGUCUACAGCAAUGCACACAUUGGUCGAACAUGUUACUUUGGUGGCUGGUUGCCGCGAUCUUCAAUGUCGUCACGGACUGGAUAUAUACACUGCUUCCUGCUACGGUUGUCUGGACGUCAAAUCUCAGCCGUAAGGUCAAAGCUUCGGUCUCUAUCGUCACCGCCGUCGGGGCUCUCAGUAGUACGGCUGCGAUCUUCCGUGUCUUGGGCACCGGCAGCUUUACUGCUUUGAGAGACUUCAAUCCGACCAACCUUACGGUCAUCGCAUGCGUCGUACUCGAGAUGGGCCUCGGCAUCAUCGCCACAUCUAUGAUGUGUUCGACUCCACUCCCAGGAAUGCUGGUUCGGGCGAAGAAGAUAUCUACCGGAGCUACAACUACGACAGGCGCCUAUCUUGAGGAGGGAGAUACGAACGUCAUCAAGCUCUCUCCCAUCAUCUGCGCUCAAAAGUUCGCCGACGAUAACACUUGGAGUUCGACACAGACUACCAAAGAUGGUGCCGCUGCUGACACAGAGACACUCGCGUUGCCCACGCCUACGGGCAAGGUCAAUCGAUUCUCUUGGUCACGCACUUUCGGAAUGCCCGAGUCAUCUAUACCGCUGCCUGCGAGACUGACGCUGCUGAUCGAUGAUAUCAGCGAUGGCGAGGACGACUGCGAAGUGGACAAGGAUGCACGGGAGGUCAGACAGACAUAUUCGAACAUAUAGUUGUAUCCAAUCCACAAAUAUUCGUUGUUCGAAUUCUUGUUCUUCUUAGUCGCUUAUGACGUUCGUCGCUGCUUAAGUCAAAGCUUAAGUGACAUGAUGCCGACGCUUUCAUAUUUCAACGGCUAUACCACAUUACCCCUG